UCUUGCCGGCGGGCUUGCGGUGCGUGCCAUCCUCCAUUUGUUUUCGCGAGGCUUCAUCCAGCAUGCGCUUCCUCCACCUCCAGCGCCAUCUCCUCAAGCACAAGGCCGCGCCGUUCACGGCCAUCCAAGCUUCGCGGUCCUUCUGCGCGCGGCCCGACGCCGGCCCGACGCUCACGCAGUACGUCCACACCAAGGAAGCGACGACCGAGCCCAUCCUCAAGCCUGACCUCGCAUCGUUCAAACGCCAGCUGAGCCUCGACGAGCCCAUGCAUGGUUUGCCCGUUCUCAAGCCCGCGAGCCAGCUCAAGGCGCCGCAGACAGAAACGACGGUGCUGCCCAACGGUCUCCGCGUCAUCUCGCAGGAGACGUACGGCCAGGCCACGACGAUCGGGCUCUUUGUCGACGCGGGAAGCCGCCACGAAACCAACGACACGACGGGCAUCACGCACAUGAUGGAGCACCUCGGGUUCAAGAGCUCGACGACCCGCUCCCACGCGGAUCUCGUCCGCGAGUUUGAAACCAUUGGUGCGCAAACCACCGCGUCGAGCGGCCGCGAGCAGAUCAUCUACACGAUCGACGUGCUUCGCGACAACGUGGACCGUGCGCUGGAGCUCCUUGCCGACUCGAUCCUGCACCCGGCGCUUCUUCCCGACGAAAUCGAGCUCACCAAGUACAUUAUGAAGAUUCAGUCGGAAGAUUUGGCCGAGAACCCGCAAACGCUGCUCCUCGAGCGCAUCCACUCGGCUGCGUACGGCGCCCACGCCACGCUUGGGCGGCCGCUGCAGUGCCCCGAAGACAAGGUCGACGCACUCACCGUCGAGACCGUCCGCGCGUAUCUCCGCAAGUUCUUUGUCGCGCCGCGCAUGGUGCUCGCAGGCUCGGGCAUUGAGCACAGCGUGCUGGUUCAGAAGGCGGCGUCGCUCUUUGGGUCGGUCCCGCCCGCGACCGAGGCCGUCAACGUCGACAGCAGCGUCUACACGGGCGGCCUCGUCACGAUCGAGAAGGACGAUAUGCCUUUCUCGUAUGCGGCGCUCGCCUUCCCGACCGGCGGCUGGCACGACAAGGAUCUGGUGCCCGUGUGCGUCUUGCACACGCUCUUGGGUGGCGGCGACUCGUUCUCGGCCGGCGGCCCGGGCAAAGGCAUGUACUCUCGUCUCUACACGCACGUGCUCAACCGGUACUACUGGGUCGAGUCGGCGCUCGCGUUCUCGUCGCUGCACUCGGACAGCGGCCUCCUCGGUAUCUACGGCGCGUGCAUGCCCGAGCACACGAGCCAGCUCGUGGGCCUCCUCGUCAACCAAAUGUUGGCCGUCGCCAUGAACGGCGUCGACGAGACGGAGCUGAGCCGAGCAAAGAACCAGCUCAAGUCCUCCGUGUUGAUGAACCUCGAGUCGCGCAUGAUUCUGUACGAAGACAUUGGCCGGCAACUGCUCACGUACGGCAUCCGCGAGAGCCCGACGUCAUUUGCGGCAAGAUCGACGCGGUGACGAAGGAGGACCUCCAGCGCGUCGUGUUUGCGGCCAUGCAGCAAAAGCCGAGCCUCGUCUACUGCGGCAAGAUCAACGAGUUUCCCGAGUACGACCAGGUCGCGCACGCGAUCGACCAAGUGUUCAAGGCGUACAAGUAAUGCAGCGUCGUCAAUAAUACGGAAUAAAGGCGUAGAUAGAUUAGAGAACGAU